AUGGUGUCAUUUAACAUGUUUCUCCUGUCCUGGUGUUUCUGGGAAAUUCACACAAACGAGAAGGAAGUAACAGAGAAGGAAGUAACUCUUCACUUGUUGCCAGGUGAACAGCUGCUUUGUGAAGCCAGCACGGUGCUGAAGUAUGUCCAGGAAGAUUCCUGUCAGCGUGGGAUCUAUGGGAAACUUGUCUGCACGGACUUCAAGAUCGCUUUCUUGGGCGAUGAUGAAUCUGCAUUGGAUAAUGAUGAAACCCAAUUUAAGAAUAAGGUUAUAGGAGAAAAUGACAUAACACUCCACUGUGUUGAUCAGAUUUAUGGAGUGUUUGAUGAGAAAAAAAAAACACUCUUUGGACAACUGAAGAAAUACCCCGAGAAACUCAUCAUCCACUGCAAAGACCUCCGGGUGUUCCACUUCUGUCUGAGGUACACAAAAGAAGAGGAAGUCAAAAGGAUUGUGAGCGGCAUAAUCCAUCACACCCAAGCUCCCAAGCUGCUGAAGCGACUGUUUCUGUUCUCCUACGCCGCAGCAGCACCAAACCGCGCAGCCACGGACCCCAGGAACCAUACUGUAAUGUUUGACACACUUAAGGACUGGUGUUGGGAAUUGGAGCGGACCAAAGGCAGUGUCAAGUACAAAGCAGUGAGUGUCAAUGAAGGCUAUAGAGUCUGUGAAAGAUUGCCAGCAUACUUUGUUGUCCCCACCCCUCUUCCCGAAGAGCACAUUUCACGCUUCCAGGGUCACGGCAUACCAUUCUGGUGUUGGUCCUGCCACAAUGGAUGUGCCCUUUUGAAAAUGUCACCACUGCCCAAAAGAGAACAGGAUGAUGGCAUUUCACAAGUCCAGAAGAGCUUCUUGGAUGGAGUUUAUAAGACCAUCCACAGGCCACCCUAUGAAAUUGUUAGAACUGAAGACCUGUCGAGCAACUUCCUGUCCCUGCAGGACAUCCAGACUGCCUACUCUAAAUUCAAACAGCUGUUCCUGAUAGAUAAUAGUACCGAAUUUUGGGACACAGAUAUAAAAUGGUUUUCUCUGUUGGAAAGUAGCAGCUGGCUUGACAUAAUCAGACGUUGCCUGAAAAAAGCAAUAGAGAUCACAGAAUGUCUAGAAGCACAAAAUAUGAACGUUCUUCUUUUAGAGGAGAACGCUUCCGACCUCUGCUGCCUCCUUUCCUCCCUGGUGCAAGUGAUGAUGGACCCCCACUGUAGAACCAGGAUCGGAUUCCAGAGCCUCGUCCAGAAGGAGUGGGUCAUGGGCGGGCACUCCUUCCUCGAUCGCUGUAACCAUCUACGUCAGAGUGACAAAGAGGAGGUUCCUGUGUUCCUGCUUUUCCUGGAUUGUGUCUGGCAGCUGGUGCACCAGCACCCCCCAGCAUUUGAUUUCACAGAGACUUACCUGACUGUGUUGUCAGAUAGCCUGUACAUACCUAUUUUUAGCACCUUCUUCUUCAAUUCGCCUCAUCAGAAGGAUAACAUGGGCAGGGAAAGCCAGGACGCACAAAGCAAGCCUUUGAACCUGCUCGCCGUGUGGGACUGGUCUGUACAGUUUGAACCCAAAGCCCAGAUGUUGCUCAAAAACCCUCUUUAUGUGGAAAAGCCAAAACUGGACAAAGGCCAGCGGAAAGGAAUGCGUUUCAAAGGGCCUCAGGGCCGGGGUGGACGUUUCCCUUCCUGGUUCAGUCUCUUUCCUGCCAGCUGGACCAGAACUUCCCUGAGCUCCACAGAAGCUUGGCCAGAGCAUCAACGACAACUUUCUUUGCCACUCACCCAAUCUAAAUCAUCUCCCAAAAGAGGAUUUUUCAGGGAAGAAACCGAUCAUUUAAUUAAAAACCUCCUGGGCAAGAGAAUUAGCAAAUUAAUUAACUCUUCUGAUGAGCUGCAAGACAACUUCCGAGACUUCUAUGACAGCUGGCACAGCAAGCCCACCGACUACCACGGUCUGUUGUUGCCUCACAUCGAGGGGCCAGAGAUCAAAGUGUGGGCCCAGCGCUACUUGCGUUGGAUUCCAGAAGCCCAGAUCCUGGGUGGUGGCAGAGCGGCCACCAUGAGCAAACUCUUGGAAAUGAUGGAGGAAGUAGAGCGCUUGCAAGAGAAGAUCGACGCGAGACCCCAUGGCCAGGGGGCGCUUCCGACGGAGGCCCCCUUGUUGCUGAGGAGUUCCGCCCGCCUGUCGUCUCUGUUUCCUUUCGCUCUGCUGCAGCGACAUCCCUCCAAGCCCGUCUUGCCCACCAGCGGCUGGAAGGCCCUGGGUGAUGAAGAAGAUCUAGCCAAACGAGAAGACGAGUUUGUGGAUCUAGGGGAUGUGUGAGUCGUCCGCUCAGUGAUCGUGAAAGAGGAGCAUUGAAGGUUGAGACAGGAGCCCGC